AUGUGGCUGCCGCCUCCUGAUUGGCACCACAGGGGUGGGUUUACCAUGCUGGUGCGGCAGCCCUAUCCCACCGAUCCCCUCAGCCGCAAUGGCCGGAACUCGAACCUGCCACGUCCAUCGCUCUCAAAGCCAUGGGAUGAUGAGGUAAACAAGCAAGAGCAGCAGCUUCAAGCUCAAGAGUGGAACAGUGAGCCACAGGUGCCAUCCUGGAAGAUCCUCCUGCUUGCAGUUGCCCUGGGGGUGAUGGCUACUGCCCGCUCUUGCAUCUGCGAUAACCUUUGUGCCCAUAUCCUGUGUCUCAAUGGAAGCGUGACAGCCAUCCCUGACACCAUUUCAGAGCUCACCAAAAAACUAGACCUUCGGGGCAACAGUUUCAUGGUCAUUCCAGCAGGAGCCUUCCUUGCCACACCCUACCUGACACACUUAGACCUACAGCGUUGCAACGUGGAGAGGCUGGAGGAAGGAGCUUUCUGUGGUCUGGGGAGGCUUGUCUACCUCAACCUGGCCUCCAAUGGCAUAGCCCUGCUCUACCAGGAGUCCCUGGAUGGGUUCUCCUCCCUCCAGCAGCUCAUUCUGGAGGGGAAUCCCAUUGAAGAGAUACAGCUGGUUGCUUUUGGUCAUCUGGAGUCCCUCACUGUCCCCGACCUGAGGGCAAAUGCUUUGGUCUACCUCCCAGACAUGGUCUUCCAGGGUAUGCAGGUUCUUAGAUGGCUCUGGCUGUCCCACAAUGCCCUCCAUGUGCUAGGCAGUGAGGCCUUUGCUGCUCUGCCUGCCCUGUGCAAGCUAAGCCUGGACCACAAUGAGCUGCAGGCACUGCCUGGCAAGGCCCUGGCCAGGCUGGAUGGGGCUACCUGGCUAGACCUGGGCCACAACCCCAUCAAAUACGUGGCCAAGGAAGCCAUGGCCUUGCUGAGGCACCUCUUUCUAGAUCAUGUCUCCCUCCAGGAUGUAGCACCCAAUGCUUUUGCCCACAGUCUCCAACAUCGUAUGGUAGACUUCAGGGAAAACUAGCUGCAGGGGCUGCCACCCCUGGCUGGGGCAGCAGGGCUGGUAAGGGUCAGCCUGAACCCUGUGCACUGCUCCUGCCUCCUGCGCCCCUUCCACAAGUGGCUGGCAAGAGCAUGGGUGCAGGCCGAGGGUGCCUGUGCUGCACUCCCUGCCCUCCGUGGCCAGUCUCUCAACUCCUUGAAGUCCCCUGAGAUGAGAUGCAGUUGCCUCCAUCCACCCCCUAGCCCCACCACACCACCAGAGCAGCCAAGAGCAGCCAGCAACAGGCAGUGCCCUGGUGGUGUCUGUUUCACUGAUUUCCAUCAUGGGUCCUUCAAGAAGGAGAUCCCUCGGGACUUUCCUGAGGACACUUGCCUUCUCGACCUGUGCCAACACCUCUUCAGGAUAGUGCCACUGGAUCCCUUCUCCGGCCCGAAGGAGCUGGUGUCACUCCAUCUGCAGAAAUGCAGCAUCAGAGCAUUGCACCCUGGGGCACUCCGGAGGCUGGAGAGCCAGAUCUACCUGUACCUCACCAACAACCACAUCUCCACCCUGGUGGCUGCUGCCUUUGAGAGGGCAGUCUCAAAGAUUCUCGACCUGGAUCACAACGCCUUCACCUGUGUGCCUGCAGGCACCUUCCAGCUCCUGACCAACCUCAUCUCCCUCCAUCUGCAGAACAAUGCCAUCAGGGAACUGACAGAGGAUGACCUGGCUGGAGCCAGGGGGCUCCGCUGGCUCUAACUAGCUGGAAAUGCCAUCCAGCACAUUUCCCCUGCUGCCCUGGCUCCCACCAAGAUGCUAGAAAAACUGCAGCUGGAGGGAAACCACCUGUUGGAGGUGCCCACAGAAGCCCUGCAGGGCCUGCCUGCCCUGAGCAAGUUGAAGGUAUUCCAAAACCCCAUAAAGCACAUGGGGAACAGUGUCUUCCUGCUAGUGGCCUCCAGCCUGCAGCACCUCUACCUAGACAACAUGGGCCUGGAGUGGAUUUCUCCCCACGGCUUCACUGGCCUCAGUCCCAAGAUCAGAAGCCUCUUCCUGGAGAGCAACAAAAUGAGUAACAUACCCGACAUGAGGAACUUCAUGAGGUUAGAGAACCUCAACCUGCAGGAUGUGCCUUUCCACUGCAACUGUCAGCUCCUUCCAUUGUUCAGGUGGAUCAACAAACUCAACCUCCACAUAGGAGCCACCUGUGGGUCCCCUUCGUCUCAUUUCUAACACCCUGCAGAAGCCCAGGGGCUGAAGGUGAAGCUUUCCACCACUUACACUUGUCCUGGCUGGGGACAAUGCAAGGCUGGAGAAAACAAUCCUAACAAGACUAAGGCUGCAAGCAAGCCCAGCAAGAAAAAGAGGUUGGGAAAAUCUCCAGCCAGAGGCUUCAGUAAUAGCAGAGCUUAG